GUUGCGGCUCUCCAGCCAUUCCUCCAGUCAUUACCGGAUACUCUCGUAUUGUGAAUGGUGAGGAGGCGGUGCCUCACUCCUGGCCCUGGCAGGUGUCCCUGCAGGAUUACACCGGCUUCCACUUCUGCGGCGGCUCUCUCAUCAAUGAGAACUGGGUUGUGACAGCAGCUCACUGCAAUGUCAGGACAUCCCACCGUGUGAUCCUUGGAGAACACGACCGCUCCUCCAACGCUGAGGACAUCCAGGUCAUGAAGGUUGGCAAGGUGUUCAAGCAUCCCCGCUAUAAUGGCUUCACCAUCAACAACGACAUCCUGCUCAUCAAGCUGGCCAGCCCUGCCCAGAUGAACAUGCGUGUCUCCCCCGUGUGCGUGGCCGAGACCGGAGACAACUUCCCCGGAGGCAUCAAGUGCGUGACCAGCGGCUGGGGCCUGACUCGUUACAAUGCUCCUGACACCCCUGCCCUGCUGCAGCAGGCCGCCCUCCCACUGCUGACCAACGAGCAGUGCCGUCAGUACUGGGGCAGCAAGAUCACCAACCUGAUGAUCUGCGCUGGAGCUUCUGGAGCUUCCUCCUGCAUGGGUGACUCUGGCGGUCCUCUGGUCUGCCAGAAGGCCGGAGCCUGGACUCUGGUCGGUAUCGUGUCCUGGGGCAGCGGAACCUGCACUCCCACAAUGCCUGGCGUGUACGCCCGUGUCACUGAGCUCCGCGCCUGGAUGGAUCAGACCAUCGCUGCCAACUGAGCUUUCAGACAGCUAUAGUUUCAAACUGAUCAUCAAUAAAAGACAGAAACUGUGAGACAGA